CUGCAACCACCUGGCAACGUGCGAGUAUGUCCGUCCGUUUGUCGUACUUUACCAUCGAACCACUGGACUUUCCGAUCCGACAUCGUGCCAGGGUCAACUGCAUUCCCUAUGGCUACAGCCCGCGGUCAUGUCUCGGGUAGCCCGGCGUUUGAGCACCUGAGAGUGGAUAUGGAUAUGGAUAGCACGGUACUUGUAGUCAAAAAGGUGGUAACACAAGAGUGAAUUUCCAGCUAAUAGCUAUGCCCAUUCAGCAUGACAUCACGCUAUCUUCAUGACGUACAACCAACCAACUCCAGAACUCUUCCACUACUAUUUAUGCUCCCCCUCUUCCGCGUAAACAUUCAACCUUCCCUCUCAUACACUGUUCAUACCUUUUUCUCAUAUCUUCAAUUACCUUCCAACUACUGUUCGUCUCGUUGGCUUUCGCGAUGACAACUAACGAGAUCGUCACCCGAGAGCUCAAGAAGCCUAUCACUGUCGCUGAGUAUCUCUUCCACCGUCUCCACGAGGUGGGGGUCCGCUCAGUGCACGGUGUUCCCGGUGACUACAAUCUCGCAGCUCUAGACUAUCUGCCAAAGUGCGGUCUCAACUGGGUGGGUAAUUGCAAUGAGCUCAAUGCUGGUUACGCUGCGGAUGGUUAUGCCCGAGUCAAUGGUAUUAGUGCCUUGAUCACUACCUUUGGAGUUGGCGAGCUGUCAGCCCUCAACGCCAUUGCUGGCGCUUACUCUGAGUUCGUGCCUAUCGUUCACAUCGUGGGUCAGCCCAGCUCUCAAUCCCAGAAAGAUGGAAUGUUGCUCCAUCACACUCUCGGCAACGGCGACUUCGACGUCUUCACCAAGAUGAACACCGGGGUCUCCUGCUCAAUUGCCCGCCUGACCGAGACUCUUGAGGUCGCAACUCUGAUUGACAACGCCAUUCGCGAAUGCUGGACCCGCAGUCGUCCCGUCUACAUCACGCUGCCUACCGAUAUGAUUACGAAGCAGGUUGAAGGCGAGAGACUCAACACGAAGCUGGACCUGUCCCUUCCCGCCAAUGAAACCGAGAAGGAAGACUACGUGGUCGACGUUGUUUUGAAAUACCUCCAUGCCGCAAAGAAGCCCGUCAUUCUGGUUGAUGCCUGUGCUAUUCGCCACCGUGUUCUCGAUGAAGUUCACGAUCUGAUGGAGGCUUCUGGUCUGCCCACGUUCGUGGCACCAAUGGGCAAGGGUGCCGUGGACGAGACGCGACCCAACUAUGGAGGAGUCUACGCCGGAACGGGUUCGAACGCAGGUGUGCGCGAACAAGUCGAAUCCUCGGAUCUUAUCUUGAGCAUCGGUGCCAUCAAGUCUGAUUUCAACACCAGUGGAUUCACGUACCGUAUCGGACAGCUCAACACCAUCGAUUUCCACAGCAACUACGUGCGCGUGCGUUACUCCGAAUACCCUAACAUCAACAUGAAGGGGGUCUUGCGCAAGGUCAUCCAGAAGCUGGGUAAAGUGAAUGCGGAGCCGGUUCCGCACCUCUCCAACGCACUGCCCGAGGAAGAGAAGACUUCUUCAGCCACCGAGAUCACUCACCAGUGGUUGUGGCCCAAGGUCGGACAGUGGCUUAAGGAAAACGACAUUGUCAUCACCGAGACUGGUACGGCGAACUUCGGUAUCUGGGAGACCCGAUUCCCCGCCAAUGUCACCGCUAUCAGCCAAGUCCUUUGGGGCAGCAUUGGAUACUCGGUUGGCGCCUGCCAGGGUGCUGCUCUGGCGGCUAAAGAGCUUGGCAAUCGUCGCACUGUCCUCUUCGUUGGCGAUGGUAGUCUCCAGCUUACGGUGCAGGAGUUGAGCACCAUGAUCCGAAACAACCUCAACCCCAUCAUUUUCGUCAUCUGCAACAACGGCUACACCAUUGAACGAUACAUCCACGGCUGGGACGAGAGCUACAACGACAUUCAACCCUGGGAUCACAAGGCUCUGCCGACCGUUUUCGGAGCCAAGGACAAGUAUACCGGCCACAAGGUCACCACUCGCGACGAACUGAAGCAGCUCUUCGCGAACGAGGAAUUCAACUCGGCUCCGCACUUGCAGUUGGUUGAGCUUCACAUGCCCAGGGAUGAUGCCCCCGCCGCGCUGAAGAUCACCGCCGAAGCGGCUGCUGCGAGAAACAAGUAAUGAUUAUGACCACGAACCGCCAAUCGAGCAACUCGCCCGCCGUCUUUCCCGCUCCACGAUCCGUUGGUUGCAUUCCAAGUUGGAAAAGAAGUGACCUUAUUUCGAGCAAAGCAGUUUCACGUGGCGUGACGAGACUGACCAAGAUCCAGCCGAUUCAAGGACCCAGUAGACACAGCCAAUUGCAUGCAGAAAGCUGUGGUUCCGUUACAUCGAAUUUUUCAAUAUGUAUUUUAAUG